AUGGCAUUCCAAACAGUGCAAACGUGGCGCAACUCGUCCAACCUUGUACAUGAUAUUGGUGCUGCGGACACGAUUGAGCUGCGCAUUCAGGAACUGACCGACAUCCUCAUCGACGAGUCCCGCCGACCGCUUCCACACACCUGUCUUGGCUUUGCCUCGGAAAAGCAGAUAUAUGUUCCUAUCGGCAAGAUUGCUGCUUCAUCCUACAACCUGAAUAUCAUCAAAGAGGCCGUAUAUUUCUUCGGCACGUUGAUCGAGAGCGAGGACGAUGCUUUUGUUGAAUCAGAGACUUUCGCAUCCAACCUCACCAACCUAUUCGUCCGUAUCACUGGCGCAAACAGCACCCACCUGGACGUCGAGACUGAGACCAAGGUCGUUGAGCUUGCAUUCAACAUCACAACAAAGAUCAGACUUCGUCCGGAAAUUCUCCCGGCAUGGUUCAAGGCCCAACAAUCUUUAGACGGCCAUGAUGGCGACAGAGAAAAGGGUUCUGGGGACCACGAACGUUUCAAGGGGAAAACACAGCGGAAAGACUUCCCCCUGUUCUAUGUCCUGAUGGACUACAUCCACUCCGAGGGCAAGAUUGGUGACUUUGCUCGUACAGGUCUGCUCUAUAUCAUCGAGUCUGCAUCGGCCGUGUCUUCUGCUCUUCUUGAACAGUGGAUUGUCGAGAGCGAUCUUAGCACACUUAUGGCUACUGGGCUCGGUGCCCUUUACAGCCAGCUAAGCCGCAAACUCGUUAUUGACCACCCGGUCAACAGCCUCCCUCCAAUUCUUGCGCUGUCGGAUUACGAACAUCCGCGACCUGCAUUUGAGGUUGAUGUCCUAAACCAUUGCCGCUCAGUCGAAGUGAGAUCAACGCUGCUUGAGCACUUUCAGGUCAUUUUCCUUCAACAACUCCUAUAUCCUUCUCUUCUCGAAUCCUCCGACAUUGACGGCGGGUCGUCUGUGGCCGUCCUGACGUAUUUGCGCCGAAUAAUAGAGUCUCUCGAUCACCCUGACAUGAUCAAUCUGAUUCUUCAUUACCUCCUAGCCCUUCCUGAUCCGACCACUACGGAGCCAGCAAUGGUGAAAAGCGCCGUCAGUGCUGCCCGCAAACGCAAGUCCAUGGAUCUAGCUACAAUGAUGGCAGAAAGGGUCGAAGUUGCCGCUACACCGAUCCUGUUCAACUUGGUGGACCUGAUUCUGGCCUGCCUGAAGUCACACAACCAGCAAACCAUAUGUGUCACGCUCCAACUCGUUUCGACCAUUCUUCGCCGCCACCAUCGCUACGCUGUAAUGACACUAAUCCGUACCGUACCCAUCUCGGGAGCCGGUUCGCGCCGCACGAUUGGCGCUCAUCAACAGGACGUUGAGUUCUUUAUGUCCAUCGCAGGUGGACAUAUCGAAGACGGCAAUGGUGGUGGAGGCAUAACAUCUGUGAGCAAUGCCUACCCCGGGUCCAUGCAAGGUGGUUACGGUAUAUCUACGCCCAUAUCCACCAAACCUACACCGGUGGCACCGAAAGAGUUUCCACUGAUUCCGGGUAUUAAGAUGCUGUCCAAGGACUGGGCUGGCGAAGCACGCUCGGUUUCGCCAGGUAGCUAUGGCGCUGACACAAACUCUUGGGGCGGGUUGGGUAGGCAAGACACCCUAGUCGCGAGCCAGAUGGCUGCCUUCCAAGCUGUGGAUUCCAAAAUCCUAGAACGCCGAGUCGGAAUUCCAGAGUCACAAGGUGACUCUUCACCAAUUCCACUUCGCUUCAACAAAUGGGCUCCACCACCCGAUGUUGCCGCUGACCAAGGGUGCCUGCAGCAUGAAAAACCACAAGGAGUUAAACAUGUGGCCGAUGCAAUGGACGGCAACACGAUGUCUGGAGAUGAGGAUACUGCACCUCUUGAAGAAAAAACGGUUACGGUUUCCCAUAUCUUGACAAACACGGUCAUCUUACAGUCAUUUUUAUUCGAAAUCGCCGCCUUGUUGCAGGCGAGAGCUGGCCUCUUCGAUGAGGUGCGGUUCGUGUGA